GCGAUGCCAAAGACACCCCGCUGAGAGAGCAGGGCCUUGAGCAGAUUAAUCAAGCUCAAAUUCUAUUUACAACGGACCAUUUGCUUUGCCUACAACUCCACUGACAUUCAAAGGGCGAGUAUUUGCACAGAGCCCGUUUCUAAACCGCUGGGCUCCGUGACGGAUGUCGUGAGAGACGGAAUUUUAUACCAAACCCUGGGCUUGGGAACGGCUGUGUAUUUCAGCGCGCGGGACUCUGAAGAACGUGGAUUACAAUGUUAAGGAUUGCGGAGGCUUUGGCCACUCUGGUGGCGGCGUCUUUUAUGGUCGAAGGUGUAUUCGGUGGUUACGGGAUGAGCAUGUUUGCUGCGCAGACGUCUCCACCAGAUCCGUGCUACGACGAGAACGGUAACCCGAGAAGAUGCAUCCCGGAUUUCGUGAACUCCGCUUUCGGGAAGGAAGUGCGCGUGUCCAGCACCUGUGGAAAACCACCCUCUCGGUACUGUGUAGUGACCGAGAAAGGAGACGAGAAAAGUAGGAAUUGCCACACUUGUGACGCCGGCGACCCAAAGAAGUAUCAUCCACCAGCGUAUUUAACAGAUCUCAACAACCCGCAUAACCUCACUUGUUGGCAAUCGGAAAAUUACAUCCAGUACCCGCAAAACGUCACACUGACACUGUCUUUGGGUAAAAAAUUUGAAGUCACCUAUGUGAGCCUUCAGUUCUGUUCACCGCGACCCGAAUCUAUGGCCAUCUUUAAGUCGAUGGACUACGGGAAAUCCUGGGUUCCGUUCCAGUUCUAUUCUACCCAGUGUAGGAAGAUGUACAACAGACCAAAUAAGGCUGCAAUCACCAAGCAAAACGAACAAGAAGCAAUCUGCACUGACUCCCACACGGACAUGCAUCCCCUCUCCGGUGGUCUGAUAGCGUUCAGCACCCUGGAUGGCAGACCCUCAGCCCACGACUUUGACAACUCGCCGGUGCUACAGGACUGGGUGACGGCCACCGACAUCAAAGUAACUUUCAGCCGAUUACAUACUUUCGGGGACGAGAACGAGGACGACUCGGAGCUUGCGAGGGACUCCUAUUUCUAUGCGGUCUCGGACCUGCAGGUUGGCGGGCGAUGCAAAUGCAAUGGCCACGCGUCGAGGUGCGUGAAAGACCGGGACGGGAACCUUGUCUGCGAGUGCAGGCAUAACACUGCGGGGCCGGAGUGUGACAGAUGCAAACCGUUUCAUUAUGACCGGCCUUGGCAACGCGCAACUGCGAGAGAAGCAAACGAGUGUGUCGCCUGUAACUGCAACCUGCACGCCCGGCGCUGCCGCUUCAACAUGGAGCUGUACAAGCUGUCCGGCAGGAAGAGCGGCGGCGUCUGCCUCAACUGCCGCCACAACACCGCCGGGCGCCACUGCCACUACUGCAAGGAGGGCUUCUACAGGGACCUGGCCAAGCCCAUCUCCCACCGCAAGGCCUGCAGAGCGUGCGACUGCCACCCCGUGGGCGCCGCGGGCAAGACCUGCAACCAGACGACGGGCCAGUGCCCCUGCAAGGACGGCGUCACGGGCAUCACGUGCAACCGCUGCGCCAAGGGCUACCAGCAGAGCCGCUCCCCCAUCGCCCCCUGCAUCAAAAUUCCGGUUGCCCCUCCCACAACAACGGCAAGCAGUGCAGAGGAGCCUGCAGAUUGUGAUUCCUACUGCAAAGCCUCCAAGGGCAAACUGAAGAUCAACAUGAAGAAGUAUUGCAAGAAGGAUUACGCGGUCCAGGUGCACAUCCUGAAAGUGGACAAGGCGGGCGAGUGGUGGAAGUUCACCGUCAACGUCAUCUCCGUCUACAAGCAGGGCGCGAGCCGCAUCCGCCGCGGCGACCAGUUCCUGUGGGUGCGCGCCAAGGACGUGGCCUGCAGGUGCCCCAAGGUCAAGCCCGGGAAGAAGUACCUGCUGCUGGGCAACGACGACGACUCCCCCGACCAGAGCGGCGUGGUGGCCGACAAGGGCAGCCUGGUCAUCCAGUGGAGGGACACCUGGGCCCGGCGGCUGCGCAAGUUCCAGCAGCGUGAGAAGAAGGGCAAGUGCAAGAAGGCCUAAAUAAAAAAAAAAAAGUUUAAAAAAAAAAG